UGUAUACACUAUACCACCAGUAGACAUGUAAACGUUACCGGACCAUGUGUUAUAAAUAUUAAUGAUUUGUACGUAUAAUUUAUAAACAGCAUUUUGGGAAAACACGGCAUAGUGUAUUUUUGCCUAUGACAGAACACAAAACUACCAUCUCUCAUCAGAAUUAGGUCCGCUUAUAGUCAAGCUUCGAAGACACAAUCAGGAUGGCGACCUAUAACAGACCAUUCCAGUGUUCCAUUUGUAGGAAACGGUAUAAUGGCGAUAUCCAAAGUAUAGGUUCGAAAUGCCAAGAUUGUGCAAUUCGGCAUCUUGUUGGUUUUGUUGUCAAUGCGCACAGAAUGCAAGCAUUGGAAAUGGAAGAGGAGAGAGAAGAAGAGAGAGAAGAAGAGAUAGACGAGGAGAUAGAUGAGGGGAUAGAAGGGGAGCAUCACCAAUCAGUCGCACCUGAGGUAAGCGCUACGUGGGGAUUUACCGGCAAGCUCUUGGUACUGCUGUUGGCGAUCCUAGUCCCUCUCGGUGUUCAUAUCCACAGCCUUCCUGCUUAUAUCGUUCUACCGUGGAAUGAAGUCGAACCGGUGAACAUGAUAUGUAGUCCCAGAACAAAAGAAGAAAUAUACCAAAACUUGAGCGUGUUGAAAAAACAGUCUCACAGGACUUUAUGUACAUUCAAUGUAUUCCAUUAUGAUCUGCGAAGUCGAAACAAGACAUAUUUCAUGCUUGAUAUCGACAUCGACAUAGCAGAAGCAUUCAGUGUUAGCAAUGCUGGGAUGCUGUUUACCAUGAAACUGUUCCACUUAAACAAAAAACAAAAUACCUAUCACAAACAGCGUAAUAUGUACUGGGCUGUAUCGUGGUGUUACUCCAAUGACGAACUGGGUCUUUGUUUGGACGAUAUGUACUACAGAAGAGAGACAAGAUUGACACAGAAGGUCAUUAGCAAGGUUGUGAUGGGACAGAAGAAAGUGGUUUCGUUUCUGUUUGUGGUGAAUAAUGAUGACAAGAUAAUGCAUAUUUUUUCACCUAUCAAUCUGUUGAAGGAUGUUGUUUUUCUUCAGCAUUACUACGACGAGCAGACCUUAAGUUUAUGGAUUUCGCUUUCUCAAUCAAAACUUGACAAGUAUUUAUCUGCCAGAAUAAGAAGUGGAGCACAUGUUACAAUAGGUGAUCUACCAAAUCCUGUCAUUGCCACUAAUUACGAGAUUAUCAAAGGUGUAUUUACAUAUCCAUUCCACUGGCUAUCUUAUCACCUUUGGACAUCACGUGAUCCGCCUCCUACUGACGAUAAAAAGGACGUGGAGGAGACAAUGCAUUCUGAAACGUAAUUGGUUGAAAAACAUCAACUUUCUUCACACUUCAUACAGAUUUUUCAACUUAUUGCUUCAAUGUCAAAGAUUGUAAGCCAAAUCCGGAACAGGUCUAUGAGAUGUCGGGAAAUACGGACACUUUUUAAUUGUCUGACAAACCACAUGUCCCCUACCGGCUUCCGUUAAAAAUAGUAAUAAUGAACUUGACCUUGAGCAAAAAUCCAUGAAACUCGAAUUUGUCCGAAAUGAUAUGAUCCUUCAUCAUUGUGUGACGUUUGGUCAAAAUCCCCCCAGGAAUGAAGCUGCUAGAUUGCUGACAAUGUAGAUUCUACACCGUUAUUGAAAGGUACAAAAGGUGUUCAUUUUCAACGGUAUAAGGUUACAUUAUCGAAUUAAUAUACAUUUUAAGUUUGAAUGAGUGUCGAAUUAAUUUUCUCGUACGCCAGGAUACCACUUGUGCUUUCUUGUUUAUUUGUUUUUUAAUCAAUACAACUGUUGAACCUGAAAAAACAUGUCGUGUUGCUAAAGUUCCUGGGAUCAAAUCAUCUGAUUACAGCUUAUUAAGUAAAUAACCGUUAUUAUCUAGGAUGCUUUAGUCCUCAAAUGAAUUCGAAAGAUUUCUCCGUUUUUCUUCACAAUAUCGUUGUUCUUCUUCAGUAGAUUACAAAACCCGGUUAUAACUCCAAACUUUGGAUACUGUCACGCUAUAUCAAAUUUGUAUAUCAUUCCAAAACGUCUAAUCAACAUCAUACUGCAUAAAAUAUACAACAUAUAUAAAACGGUAUUAUAUUUCAUGUUUGAAAUUACUUGUGUCACAUUUCAGGAUUGAUUGUCAAUUUUGUUGCUUGCAUGAACUGGUGAAGGGAAGUGAAC